AUGGAGGCAUCAUCCAACUCAAGCAAAGUAGAGUCUCGAAUCCAGAAUGCAGACGCUCUAGCCAAUGCAUCUCCAUAUUCCGCUCCGACCAAGAAAAAGGAGCGGUGGACGAAAGAAGAAUACAACCUACUCACCAAAUUCAUAGACAAGAGCAAAAGCUUUGAAUAUAUUAGCGACCAUAUCGGGCGUACAGAGGUUGAUUGUCGUACAAAAUGGAGUAAACGUAACUCAUCAGGCUGGUAUGCACAGCAGCUCCCACCGGCGAUGCCGGCAGCUCAGGCUGUUCCAUUCCCCAAAAGCCUGUGGUCAAGACAGGAAGUUGAACUACUAGUUUCCCUUCGAAUGGGAGGCGAAAACCGGAAGGAAAUCAGCGCAAGACUAAGGCGUCCCUGGAGAGCCUGCUGCAGUUACUUUUAUAGGAUGCAUCCCGAUCUUGUGCAGGAGCUGAAAAGGCAAGGCCUGGAUGACGGAGAAGAAGAAGAAGAAGAAGAGGAAGAGGAAGAGGGGGAUGUAGCUGAUGGGUUUAGCGAAGAAGAGACUAUGGGUGACGAAGAGACUGAGCGCGAAGGGAUGACAGACGUAGGAGUGAAGGACAAUGAGGCUGAUGCUGAAGCUGAAGGUGUUAUAGACGAGGGCGAGGUCCAGAAAAUUGAGGAUCGAUAUGGCAUAGAUUUAUGCAAGGCAUCCACAAACCUUGACUUCCGGGACGCCUCUUUUCAAAUGCCUGCACCCCAGUCCAAUCCCCUGCAGCCUGCGAAAUUUAAUCUUCAGCGUCCAAAAAUCUCCAAUCACGCAGUAUCGCCCAAACGCCACGGACAAAUCAGGAAAUCCGAGCGUCUCUUUGAGCUACGCAAGACCGAUGAGUCAUGGGUCGAGAUUUGGGAGGGUUUGAAGAGUACUCAUACCGAUGGGGACUGUUGUACUUGUUGGUUUGAAGACUGUUGGGAUGACUUCAGCAAUUUUAUUGGCAAUGGCGAGAUUGAUCUGGAGAGAGUGAAAGAGGGGAUAGUGAAAAGAGGUGGAGCUAGCGAGAUGACCGAUGUGGCCGAUUGUACGGUGGACAAUGGAGAAGCGGAUGAAGAAAGCGAUGAGAUGGACGAUGGAAGGCCGAGCGCCUGGUUGGCCCGUGGUAACGCUCUAGCUUUAUCAAAUUGCAGUGAGAGGGAGUUCCCCUCGUUGACACCGACCGUCCACUGCAAGCGAAGUCCAGCCUCAGAACCAGAAAGUAAAGGCUGUAUCACCGCUAUCUUCUAUCGGCCCUGCGACCAAAAGGACGCAAAGUGGUCGGUUGGAGAUUUGGAGACACUCGUCGACCUCAAGAUGGAGAGCGAGAGCUGGGACGCUAUCAGCAAACAGAUCCCGGGGCACCAUGCUGACAAUUGCAGAAGUAAGUGGUCACAUCGCAAUGAUGAUCGGAAGAAAUCAGGCGCCGGGAGUGCUUGGUCAGAAGCGGAGGAUCGAUCUCUGGUUGCCCUCUUCACCGAAGGUCAAGGUUGGAAGACGAUCAGCGGCAGAGUUGGGCGGAGCAUCGGCGCCUGCAUAAUACACCUUGAGGACUAUUCUCCAAAUCUCUCCGCCGAGAGUCAUUGGCCGUGGACUCAUGAUGAGGAUCGACUACUCGUCGCUCUUCGACACGAAGGCAUGGAUUUUGAGAUCAUGCAUCCAUAUUUUACCGACCGCACCACUGCACUGGAUUGCCAUAGCUAUUGGUUUGAAGAACGUUGGGAGAUAUUCCACGAGCUGAUCAUCGAGGAAUUGGAAAAGCAAGGCUGGAAGGACGCGGCAGAAGAAGGAGAAGAAGGAGAAGAAGGAGAAGGAGGAGAAGAAGGAGAAAAGGCUGACGCGGAAGGAGAUACAAAUGACGAAUAUGUGGAAGACGAGGUAGAAAGCUGA